AUGAGCGCUCCUAUCCAAGCCCAGUCAUUCUCUUCGCUGAGUGACCUGCUUGCGAAUCCGCCUCGGUAUCCUCGAAAUCCUACGCAUCAAGUCCGCGACCCUCUUGUCCUCUACAUUGUUCGGGUACCAGGUAGUCAAGAUGUUUUCCUCACCCCUCUCAAACCUCCCACCAAAGCAUCCAUCAGCAUCGAUGCGGUCCAGUCAAGUCUCUACUUCCUGCACGUAGAGAGGCCUGAGGAUGAGGAGCUCAGACAGUCAUUUGAGGCUACCAAAGCUGUAGAAAACCGAUCUCCCGUUGCUGGGACCAUUCAACGCAAGCCUCUGCCGAAUGCGCCAUAUGCAAACUAUCCUGCAUCCCAGCGACCUCCAACUCCUCCCAAAAGCUAUCCACACUUCCAACCACCCCUGGCUGACUUACCCAAUGCGACACAAGUUGACCGGUAUUCAAAUCGGGGAACCAAUUUGAGAUUGAACACAUCAGAUCCAUCGAAAUCGAAUCAUGUUGCUCGAAAACCAAUUGGAGCCCGGCCAAUGAUAAGCCAUACUAGUCCUGGGAAUGCCUCAAGUCAUACCAGUUCAGAAAACAUCGCUUCUGCCAGUGCUUUGGGCGUUGAGUCGCAAAAGCCCCAACUGCCUCCGAGGCCCAUUCUAACACCCCGAGUCACAGGUCGUGCAGAGCUCGGGAACCACAGCCCUCUUACCACCUCUCCCACUCGAACCAGUCCGAGCACUGCUUUCCCCAACCUACCACAUAGUGGUCUAAAGAUCACGCUCAUACGUCGAGAUCCUGCCUCAGGAAGUCAGUGGAAUGUUGGGGAAAUUGUCAUGUCCGGCAUGUCUACACGGGAAAACCCUCUACAGCCUUUUGAAAUCGAGCUCACCUCACCAGGCUAUGGACGCUUCGCUCAAAACGACGGAACCGCAGGUCGACCGUUCCAGAGGAAGACUGGGUACAUGUUGCUGCCCAACUCGGAGCCUUCCAAUGGAGGGACAAAACGAAGCAACUCCACGGAAUUACUUUCGACGGCAGCCAGUGCAGCGACGCGAAAGCCUCGGCAGGGAUAUUCAUUUCUCUCACCUUGGCAGGGGACGUGUUCGUUCAUCAAUGGGAUAGAUGGGAGAAGCUUGCGAUGCCGGCACAUACUUCCAGGAGCCAACCCUUCUAUGCCUGCUCUCGCUGCAGAUAUCGCCGAGGUUCGGUUCAACCUCCCUUGGGCAAAGCUCCGACCAAGAGACAUGAACAAGCCACAAAAUGAUCGACAGUAUCCUCCCACCUCACAGCCUGUUCGACCACCACUUGCGAGUAAAGAUCACCAUUGGAGGAGGAGUCUCCAAACCUUCACUGACAAGGCUCGGGUGCAGCUGGCCAAGACUGAUAUCUCAAAUGUCCGAUCGGCGACGCCCGAAAGUGCUAGAAGAGGUCCAGCUGAUGAUCAGUGUGCAAAUGGUCAAGACCAGGAGCGGAUGAAUCUGGAUCUCGGACGAGAGAGAGCUGGUGGAGGGUUUCAAGGGAACAGCGCAAAACUUGGCAAGCUCAUCAUUGAAGAUGAAGGACUUAAGAUGUGUGACUUGGUGGUCGGUGUUUGCAUGGGUAUCUGGUGGCAGCACUAUUCUGGGGAUGUUGCAUAA